AGCGUUUUCCUAUUCUUGCUCGUCAGAGACCAGCUGCACAAACUUAUUUGCACUUGUUUCUUCAACGAUUUUGUCAAUUUAUUACUAAUAGCUGGGAGAUGCUGCUAAGCAAUUUUAAUUUGUUGGUUACACUGGGCUUACAUAUAAUUCAGGUUAGGCCCUUCUGUUUCAUUAUAUCAUAGAGAGGUUUGUUACAGUUGAAAUACCUUCUCUUAUAAGUAAGUGUAGGGGGUAAAUUUCUAAUCAGCCAAAUUUUAAAGGGUCCUUCUGCAAUUGACGUUGGGUACAUUUAUUGAGUGACCAAAUGAACUGAUUCUGUAAGUGGCGAGUUGUAGUAGUCUGAACUUUGAAGAGACAGAGAAAUAUGGGAAGAAGAGACGACUACAGAUUUCUCCAAUUAAUUGAUGCCAUAGCUUCAAUUAAUCAGAAAGUUAAUCUCAUUGGAGUAGUUAUCGAAACCAGCAUCCCCAAACAAUCUAAGGGCACUGAUUGUUUUUGCACAAUUAGAAUCGUGGAUGAGUCCAAGCCAAGUCCCGGAAUUGUAAUUAACUUUUUCGCGGAAAAUAUGGAGAAGCUUCCCCAGGUUAUGGCUGCUGGGGACAUAAUUCAGCUAUCCCACGUUGUGAUGAAAAUGCAUGGUUCAGAGGUUUAUGCUGUUUUCAACAAGAAGUUCUCUUCAUUUGCUUUGUUUGAAGGAAAACAUGGGAGAAGCUUCGUUCCAUAUCAAUUUUCUGCUACAUAUCAUGCUAGAGAACAAGACAAGAAAUUCAUAUUGGAAUUACGUAAGUGGUUGAUCGAGCACCCAAAUGAAACAGGAUCCCGGGAUUUACCUUCAUUAAAGGAGAUCAGAGAAGGAGAGCACUUUAAUUUGGCUUGCAAGAUUCUUCAUCUAUGUGAAGUCAAAAAAGAUGAGUGGAUCCUAUUUGUUUGGGAUGGGACUGACACUCCACCUGCCCUCGUUGAACCAAAGUUUGAGGAUGAAAAGGAAGAUCCACUUCCCUUACAACUGGAACCAUUUCCUUUACCAAGAGAUGUCCUCUGUACCUUUCCAGCUGUUGGCACUGUCUUACGGGUGAUUAUCAGGCGAGGCAAUGAGAAGCUUGAUCUGAAUGUCCUUAAAUCUGGUAGAUGGGUAAAAUUUGUUAAUUUGAAGUGUGAAUCUCAUGCUGCACUGUGGUGUGCUUUUAUAAUGCCCUUCACCAAGAUUUGCUAUUUGCCUGAUGAUGAUGACAUUAUCUUACAGCGCCAAAGGAGCUACGAUGAACGAAUCUCAUCAAAAUGGGGAAGGAUGCCGCUCUCGUGCUUUCCUUGGCCUUCUGAUCUUACAGAAACUGAUCAUCCAGAUGUGCCUUUCGUGACUUUGAUGCAUGUCCUUACCAAUCCAGAGGUGACAUCUAAAUUCAGGUGUGUAGUUCGGGUUGUAGCAGUGUUUCCAUGGAGGGUUGAGGACUUCUAUUCUCCUGUUGGAGCUUAUAGGAUCAGAUUGACGCUAGAGGAUGCAACUGCUCGAAUCCAUGCUUUUCUUUAUGCAGAUGAUGCGGUAAACUUUUUUGGUGGUUAUUACCCUGUUGAUGUGAUGACAAGGAAGCGAAAUACAUUGCUGGGCAUUCCAGAGAGUGACGAUGGAAGAGAAAUGAAAGAUGGUUUUAGAAAUCCACCCUGGAUGCAAUGUUGCCUGAAAUCUUAUUACGUAGAUAAGGGUGACCCUUGGGGAAGUCGGAAUUAUCGCAUGUUUGCCACACGGCUGUUGAAUUAGGCAGAUAGCCGGCGUGUUUUUUGUUUUUUUUCACUUAGGAGUAUCCUAGCCUUGUGGCCAGACUAAUCCCCUAAGGUCGUGUAGAGUUUCGUCCCAAGGAUACACAGCAAAUAGCACAUGAGAGUCGAUCACGGAAUUUGCUGAUAAUGACUAGACUACGGAACCCCGCUGGUGUCUCUUUUGUUCGGUGCAUCGCUUUUUAACUUUUCUCUUUCGAGUUCUUUUUGUAGUAAUGUUCAAAGUGUAAUAUUACUAAAUCUCGUGAUUAUGUAAAUUAGAGAUGUACAACGUCUAAGAAUGGGCUACAUGUAUAUAAGCACGUGCCCUUGGGCC